AUGUUAGCACUUCUAAUCGUAUUCUUUAUCGUUAAAUGCAAUGGUGAUGGGGCGAAGGUAUAUCGUGAAAUUGGCGGACAAAAAUUUAUCCAUUCUGCCAGCUCUCAUCUACAACUCGUCCCUCACAUUAUUAUCUCGUCCGAAAGCUCGCCAAAGACAAGAUCUCGGGUGUUCAGAAACGUUCAGGUGCCACUGGAUGGACGAGUCCAAAGAAAGUUGGUCGCACCCGGUCCAAUUCACAUCGCCGUGAAUCAAUCAAGAGACUCGACACCAUUACCGUCGUUUACUUACGAUGAGGGAAAUCAUCACCUGAAUAAAUUAUCUGAAGACAAGCGUACGAUGGAAGAAGCUGUUGAGUACGCUAAAGGUCUCGAACGAACUACGAUUAGUGUGAGAAGAGAUGCGGAAAAAGUUGUCACAACUGUCACACCUGUCAUCAGUUCCCGGAGCAUCCCAGCUAUCAUAACGCCGAAUCUAAACGGAUUGCUUCAUGGGCAGUUGACACCUCAGAUUCAGCAUGGAGUACCACCUACACCUGGGAUAGUUGCAGUAGCCAAACUACCGAAUCAGACUAUUCAAUUGAAUCCAAUAACCGGACUUCCCACCGGUAUCCAGAUCCCUCAGGGCCAAUUUCCUUCAAUACCUCAAGUACCAGUAGUGCCGAUAGUUCCUCCAGUUCCUCCAACACCGCCUAGACCCUUCACGUCACCUAUUCCAAGUCCUAUUCUCCAGCCGCAUCCACCUCUUCCUGGGCAAGUGCAGCCACCACAGGAAGGCUCUCAGGUGUCACCAACUGAAUUUCCCGCACAAGGAGCUGUUCCACCCUCAUCUUUCCCAGGACGCGUCGAGGUUAUCAACGGCCAAGCAGCUAACUCUUCUCUGGAGCAACUAGGGUGUGGAUUUGAUUGGUUGACAAACACCUGCAAGGAUGUAUUUGUAAUCGGGUGGUGUGGUCAAUGCCAUGACUUUGGAAACAUCUUCAUGCACGACUGCAAGUGUGUUCGGCCACUAAUCUCCUUGCCGCGUAGGCAGCCUGUUCAGCCGACCUUAUUCUUCAACAUGAUCUAA